AUGGCUUCUUUCUUUGGCAAGGCAGAGCCACCGCCAAUUGAGAAUCAUCCAGCUUUGGAACUUCACGACCCAUCUGACACUGAUGCCCAUUCGCAAAACACUGGGAAACAUACCGAUUCUAAACCCUCAAGCGAAAAAGAGAGUACACUCGUUGACGAGCCCAUUCACGACUCGACAGCCCCUCAUGAUACCAACAAAGAAGCUACGGCUGCCGACUUACAAAAUGGAGCUGUCAGUAAUGAGGAUUCCACCAAGGAGUUGGUCCCUCAAAACGACACGGAUAGAGAAGCUUCAAAAGAGGAGGGAGAUAAUCAAGAUCCAAACGCGGACAAUACGGACAAGGAUAUCGAAUACCCUUCACCGUUGAGACUGGUGCUCAUUACAAUUGCGUUGUGUUUGUGUGUGUUUUGCGUGGCAUUGGACAAUACCAUCAUUGCAACAGCCAUUCCCAAAAUCACAGAUCAAUUCAACUCACUGAAUGAUGUGGGAUGGUACGGAAGCGCAUAUCUGUUAACUACUUGCUCUGUCACUUUGAUGUUCGGAAAGCUAUACACCUUUUAUUCCAUCAAAUGGAUCUACUUGAUCGCUCUGUCAAUCUUUGAAAUCGGCUCCCUGGUUUGUGGUAUUACUCCGAACUCAGUGGGCUUGAUUUGUGGCCGUGCUAUUGCAGGCUUGGGAGCGGCUGGCUUGUUCUCCGGAUCUAUUCUCAUCGUCACUCAAAGUGUUCCUCUUGACAAACGUCCGGUAUACACGGGGCUUGUUGGUGCUAUGUUUGGUAUCGCCAACGUCGCUGGUCCAUUAAUGGGAGGUGCGUUUACAGACAACCUUACCUGGCGCUGGUGCUUCUAUAUCAAUCUCCCAAUUGGCGCAGUCACAUUCUUUUUCAUUUUGUUCUUCUUCCAGAGUCCCAGGGCGAUUAAGAAGAAGACGGGAUGGAGACAACAAUUGGCUGAGAUGGAUCUACUUGGUACAUUCUUCUUCCUCCCUGCUAUUAUCAGUCUUUUGCUGGCACUUCAGUGGGGUGGAACAAAGUAUGACUGGAGCAACGGGCGCAUCAUUGCUCUGUUUGUGCUCUUCGGCGUGUUGGGUCUUGUGUUCAUGGCCAUUCAGCAUUGGGCUGGUGACCGUGCCACCGUACCUCCACGCAUGAUAAAAAAUCGCAAUGUCUGGGGCGCUGCUUGGUACUCCAUGGCCAUUGGUGCAUGCUACUUCGUCCUCGUUUACUAUCUUCCUAUCUGGUUUCAGGCAGUCAAAGGGGCAUCGGCCAUCCAUUCAGGUGUCAUGAACUUGCCCCUGAUCAUCGCAGUUGUGGUUGUGUCUAUUCUGGCUGGUGGCUUCAUCUCAGCAGUUGGUUACUACACACCUUUUAUGAUCUUCUCAUCUGUCAUAAUCACCAUUGCAGCUGGGCUAUUAUCCACGCUUGAAGUUGACUCGGGUCACCCCAAGUGGAUCGGAUACCAGGCCCUGUUUGGAAUUGGUCUCGGGCUGGGUAUGCAACAGCCGAUGAUCGUAGCACAGACAGCUCUCAAAGCUGAAGAUGUGCCCAGUGGUACUGCGAUCAUGAUUUUCUCUCAAACCCUGGGAGGUUCUAUCUUUUUAUCUGUCGCCGAAAACAUCUUCCAGAACCAGUUGCUCCACAACCUUGCCAAAGAUGCCCCGAAAGCCGAUGCUGCCAAGUUGGUGUCGGCUGGUGCAACUAUGUUGCGCACUCUCGUCUCUGGGUCGACGCUGCAGGAGGUACUGGUUGCGUAUAACGAUGCAAUUACGCAGACAUUCUAUGUUUCAGUUGCCAUCGGUGCAUUGUCACUAAUCGGGCCCAUCUUCAUUGAGUGGUUAUCUGUUAAAGGAAAGAAGAUUGAGAUGGCAGCAGCUUAA